AAAGCAGUUUUCAGCUGCAGUUUUUAUAUUCCCAAAGUUAAGCACAAUGCUUGACACAGUUAAGUGAUUAAUAAACUUUGUAAAAAUUCAUUAAUUUAUUGAAAUGGAAUGGAGGAGUCUCAGCCAAUGGUGAGUAAGAAAAAGGAAGGAAAGCCAUUGCUUUAAGUCAUCCAGAAAAAAUCUUGAACACUGAACCCAACUCAUCCUGGGACAGAAUUAAAGCAGGACUCCCUCCAGCGUUAAAAAUCAAAUAUCUUCCAUUAACCUGUAGUUCUUUAUUACAGUCUUAGAAAAACUAGAAAGAAAACUCUCAGGACGUUGCUGAACCUGCUGCCCAGUAAAAUUGCAAGUUUUAUGCACAAUUUUAAAUGUUUAUAUAACUUCCCCCCAUAACCUCCUUUUAGUAAAGAGUCCUUUUAGGAACCCAUUUUCUCUAAGUUUCUCCGAAGAGUAGUUUUAGACAUAUUUAUGUGGAGGAAAGCGAGGGGGGGAGGGGCGGCAUGAAAAAAGAAAGAUGAGAUAGUGUCCCAGGUUGCUGCAACCACGUGGCCAGAGGGAAUCAGAACGCACCGCAAUAAACCAAGAGAGAUGAGAGCGCAGGCGUGCUCGAUUUCUCAGCCACUAUUGCUUGCGCCUGGCACACGUGAUGCAAAGAGAACGUCCUGCGUUCGUGGAAUUGAACUGAAGGAGGCCCGGGGACGCGCACGCUGGAAGGGGCUCGCCACCGUUGUGCACGUUCGUCGCCGCAGUCCAGCUCCCCUCCUAGGCGUUUGGCGCUUUGCUGUUGUGGGAAACGGCUGCUUUCGCCGCUUCUCCGCGGCCAGCUGCCCUGGAGGGAUGUCGAGGAGCUCCAAGGUGGUGCUGGGCCUCUCUGUGGUGCUCACGGUGGGCACGGUUGUCGGGGUGCAUCUUCGGCAGAAGCUAGAGCAACAGAGGCUUCGAGACGGAGUGCUCAGAGAUAUAGAGAGGCAAAAUCGGAAAAAAGAAAAUGUUCGUCUUUUGGAAGAACAGAUUAUUUUGACUGAGCAUCUUGAAGCAGAAAGAAAGAAGAUAUUAUUGGCAAAGGGGUCUCAAAAAACAUGAGUUUUGAAGUGAAUGAAAUAUUCAUGAAACAGGUUUAGAUUAUUUUGUAAUUUUUUUGUUUGGCUAUGUUGUGGCAAAAGUUAAAUGAUUGCUACCACCAGCAUAAUUUUUUCUGCUCUUUAAACAUUCAAAUAAAGUAACAGUGGUUUAUCACUUGUUUUAAAA